GUUCAGGAUACAUUGCAUCUGUUGGAUGCUGUGACUAAGAUGACUUCAUGAAGCUGAGCAUCCCUGAUUGCUGCCUGAUCCAUGGCUCAUAAUUUCAGGAGCUGAUAGGUAGUAAACCCUUAUUAAAAGAUGCCCAGCGAGACGCUUCAAAGCAGCAGCGAGGUGGAGGAAGCGGUGCAGAGAGAGAAGGGUGGAACACACAGCCCUCACCGAGGCUCCCUGCGGAGAGCCGUGGCUACCGCAGUCACCUUUGAUGGAGAGGCCACCAUGGACAGAAGGAAAAAGAAAAAGAAGGAGCCCCGCCCAGAGUCCAUAAUAGUUUAUCGCUCAGAGAAUGAAAAUAAAGUGGAAGAAGAGCAGGCAGAUGAAGAAGGAGGCGAGAGGAGUUCAGAGGAGGGCUCCAAGUUCUUAGGAAAUCCCAUAGCAGAUGGUGUCUGGAGCAUGCCCUUAGACAGCCGAUAUGUCACCUUAACUGGAACCAUCACAAGGGGGAAGAAAAAGGGCCAAAUGGUGGACAUCCAUGUCACUCUAACAGACAAAGAGCUACAGGAACUGGCUAAGUCGAAGGAACCUCCCAAAGAUGAAACCCCUGAGGGGAAAAAGACUUGCGAUGUUGCGGUGGACAGAGGUCCCCAUGUCCUCCUUUGGAGCAUUGUCUGCCUUCCUAUCAUCUUUGUAGUGUCCUUUGUGAUUUCAUUUUACUAUGGGACCAUCACUUGGUACAACAUAUUCCUGGUAUACAAUGAAGAGAGAACCUUCUGGCACAAGAUCACCUUCUGCCCCUUUCUGAUCAUCUUCUACCCAAUUAUCAUCAUGGCUGUAUCAUUUUCCCUAGGCCUAUACACAGCGGUGACACAGGUUGCCUGGUCCUUUGGAGACUGGUGGCAUGCUGUGAGAGAUAUGGAGAAAGGGUUUUGUGGCUGGCUGUGUAGCAAACUGGGCCUUGAAGACUGCUCCCCAUACAGCAUAGUUGAGCUACUAGAUUCUGACAAUGUCUCAGGUAGCCUCUCUGGCAAGGGCUCUGCGCAGGGUGUUGAGACCUCAGCAGUCUGAGCCUUUGGUCUUGGCUGACUCUCUGACUCGGUUGUUUGAGUGUAUUGCAACUGAUCCCCCAGGCAAAUAACUACACUGACUUGUUAUAUUUUAGCAAACACUUAAAGGAUAGUAUUUGGGUGAUGGGUGGGCAGGGUGGGUGUCUUACAUGCGCACAGAGCGCCCAUGCGCUGGAUGAGAUGGCAUUUGUUGUGAGAUGAAUGUGCAUGGUGAUGCCCUAAGGCUGCUGAUUUGUUUAGUGUUAGGUUUUAGCUUUGCAUAGCUGGGAGAAGUUCCAGGUCUGUUGGGUAGGAGUGGGAACUUGGAUGUAUGUGGCUGAAGUGUGCCAAAAAUUCCCAGCUUUACAAAAUGCUAUUUUUUAACUUGUAGGAUAAAACAUCCAGGUGAACAUAGACCUAGCUAAAGAAGUCUGAACUUGGGUCAGGGCUGGUGCCCAACUCCUGCUGAAGUCUGUGAGGACUUUGCUCAUAUGAUCUAGGGGCUAAAUUGCAAAGUGUGUGACUUCACAGAAGUUUUCUUAGAUACAGAUACUCUGGGAAAAGUAUUUCAGUAGUUCAGGCAAACGUAGCAAAGCUGCCGUCUGUUUGGGAUGUAAGCAGAAGUCCAAGCUGUGCCAGAAGUUUCCGUCUUUCUUAAUCCUCCUAUUGCAACCUCAGAAAGAAGCUGUUUGCCUGAGCAAAGAUCAGCAGCUUACACUUGUGAAUGCAGCAUAUGGGUCAUGCGAGCACAUAUACUGGUAUUUCCAGUUGCACAGUUGACAGCUCCUGAGGAGAGCAAAUCUUGCUAUAAUGGUACGAGGCAGUAGAGUGGUCUUGCUGCCCUUAUCAGACAGUGAAUCUCCCCCUAGGGACUGGGUAGUCCUGAGUCUGUGUCUUUCAGUGCUAGUGCAAAAUGCAUUAGUGUCUUAGCUCAGGAACUCCCUCCUGAUUUCCUGGCUCCAUAGAGUUAGUUAUAGUCAACAGUGAUGGAUUUCAGCCAUCGUGUAAUUUCUACCACAUAUCCUUACAUUUCAGUGUCAUAAUGGUUUUUCCUUCUGUGGGGAUCCUUCUUGGCAUGGAGUGGACUCUGAAACCGAGACUGAGGUUGUCAUCACAUCCUGGAAGAACUUAAGAAUGCUGACACAGGAAUUCCUCUCUGACUGUCAGAUUUUGGACUGGGAAGCCAACAUGAGAGCAUGCAGGAGGAGGUUUGAUUGAGUGUGUUGGGUUGAAUUUCAGGGUGCCUGAAAAGUGAUUCAUUUUUCCAGCUCUCUGCACCUGUGAACUUUGUGAGUAAAGGUGAGUAAAGCGUCCUGGAGUAGAGUCCAGUGCUUCAUCAUCCCCAAAUUAUGCACAUCAAAGGCUGCAGCACAGCACUCAUCAUUCUCAGUGCCCUGUUCCUAACCAGGAAGGGCCUAUCAGUCACAUGCACGUGGACCAGUGAGUCAUAGCCAGAGCGCAGUCCAUUUGACGUUAUGGCCUUUCUGGGCACAUGCACUUUGCCUCUCCCCCUGUGCUGCAGGCUAAAUUAUCUGUUCCAGUGUUCAGGCUGCCAAAAGCAUGGUACUAAUACAGUAGAUUAAGCUGGGACCUGGGAUUUUCCCAAUGUAGGACCCUGGCUUAUUUAAAAACUGUGUCUGUGUGGGGCGGGGGUGUGCGUGCACACACAUGCUUGGACUGUCUUCUUCACCUGCAGUUUGCUGGUUAGCACUGGUGAUGGGGUGGAUUGAUUGAAGGAAGCAUCUUGUUUGGGAUACAGCUGCACUGACAGCUCAGCGCUCACUCUAGCCUUACCUUUGUCCAGAGUCUGGUGUGCAGAGGACUGAACAAAAGGCAACCCAUUGGCUGCUGGGCACACAGCAAAGCCAGAUCUUUGCCAGAAAAAGAGAUGACAAAAUCCUUGGGGCAAGGAGAUGAAAGGCUUUCCUCAGGCAGAACUCCUUAGACUUCAUGAACAGCUUUCUCUGAGAAAACGUCUUUGCCACUUCUCCCUUCAGACUAAAUAGCUUUUUACUCCUGAAGCUGUUAAAGGCAACCUCUGUAGUUGUAACGAACAAUGGGAUUUUGACUUAAGCUUGUGUCUUGUGGGGUGAGGGGAGUAAGGAAAAAUGCAGCUGACUCCUUGAACUUCCUGUAUAAAAAGUUACCGUUGUCUAAACUGUUCAGGAUGCACAUCAGGGUUUGUCCGCACGGUGCCAUGUAGAGAUAGAUGAUAGAGUUAGCUCUGAGCACAGCAGUGGUAACUAGCUUGGGCAGAGUGCCAUGGUAAUGUAGCUCCUGAUUCCCAGGUUAGCUCAUUCAGAGCUUGCUCAGCUGUCAUGGAAAGGUACAGCAUUGCCAUGGCUUUACCUGAUACCAAGAAAGCCGCUAAGCAUUUGGGAAGGUAAGCUUUAGAUGUCUGUGUUGCUGGUUUGCUUUGUUUUUAAAUCUUGGUGGAAAGUUCUGCUAUGGAAUGAAUGCCUCACAAAUGUGAAGUACUUUUGCCUUCUCAACAGGGCAAGAAACUCUGAACUAAAGACCAUCUGAAGAAGCACAGCUCCUUCCAGUGUGUUGCUGUUUGGCUUUAGCCUUUUGGCCAAGGCUCUCAAAACACUUGGGAUCCUUAUUUGCUGAAUACUUGCAUCACCACUCACAAGUGGUAGAAAUAUUCCUGUUUCAUAGGAUGUGUCUACACGUUCCUUCAUGCACCAUAAUUAUGGCACAUUAAGUUUAGUACCUGUAAUAACAGGUGCUAACUUAAUGCGCUGUAAAUUGAUGCUACUGUGCAUUAGCGCAGAUGAAUGCUUUUUAGGUAACACUUAAUGCCCAUUGCACUAAAACUACUGUACGUUAGUGCAGAUAAACACUUUUUGUGUGACACUUAAUGCUCAUUGAACUAAUCUACUGUACAUUAGCAUGGUUUUUGUCAGCUGUGCUCAUGCACGGUAGAAAUAGUCCAAUGGGCAUUAAGCAUCUCGUGUAGACACGCUCAUAGAUGGGGAAACUAGUACACAGCAAACAAGCAACUUGCUAGAGAUUACUGAAUAGAAACACAAGUCUGGCUGCUUGAGCAUUGCCUAAUGCCCCAGUCUUAUUUUCACCUGGUGCUGAAAGGCAGUGAAUCAUCUCUUGGCAGAGGGAAUAACAGUUUGAGCUGAUAGCAGAUAAAUUGCUGUGAGUGGCAAAGAAAACAGAAGACUCGUAGCACGUCAGGCAAAUGUGGAGCUUUCUGCAAAGCUGUUAUUUUGCAGUCCUUCUCUUAGGGACCUGACCUGAGGCCCUCUCUCCUCUUCCUCCUCCUCCUUCAAUAGGAAACACAGGUUGUGAGGGGCUUCAGCUUUGGCUGCCUGUGAACCGAUCCAAGGUUCUGAACUGCUCAAAAAUCCUGCAUUUGGAAAUGGCAGGUGCCCGCGUGGCUGGGGUGGAGGAAGAGCUUAAAUUUGAUGAAGUGGGAGGAAGCAUCCAAAGGCACGCCACUCGCCACUACCACACACACACGCUCUUCUGCCUUGUGGGUCGCUGCCAGCUUCUUUGCAAAUAGAGGAAUAUCAUUGCCUCAUUUACCUUGGAUCUGAUGUAUAUAGUUUGCGGUAAGUGUGGUGGGGAGGGAAGGAGGACAAGUGAGGAUCUUUGUUGAGAAGAAAGAGAGGAGUUCGGCCACUGUUAAUACCAAAACAUAGAUGCUUAAAGGGACUGAGCAAGUGCUGGGUCUGUGGCACAAAGGGCCCUUUAGCAGCCAGAGAACUUGGAUGAUAGACACUAUUUACAGAAUACAGCUUUGUAAAAUGUCCAGUCUCCGCUUUGCUGUUGGUUUCACCAUGAACAUUGCAAGCAGCCUGCUGGAGCGGAGCAAGCACAGCCAAAUCUGCACCUCUUACUGCCACAUAACUCUUUUGAAAGAGUCAAAAUUCAACCCCCAGGUAUAGCAGCUGCACUGCUGGGUGUACUGGAAUCAUUUCUAUGGGUCAUCUUCAUAUGAACAAUCAUGUAUCUUCUAUUUCUCUACCAAUACUAGGCCUGCUUCCUCUCCUGUUGUCAUGAAUUGGUGCUUCAUCACUCAGUGUGAGCAGGCUCAGGAUCUGAGUAAUUCUGGUGCUAUUUGAAUAGCUUUAUUCCUGUCUUUUUAAAACCAAAACUCUGGAUAGUAUUCUCCCUACCCCAAAAUAACUUGCUUAAUGCUGCAAAAUAUCAAUAAGCUUAAUCAUGUGAUAUAAUAGAAAAAGCACAACUCCUUGCCUCCUUUCACUCCCUGCUGCGUGUACAAGUUUACAUACGUUUUUGCCCAUGUGCCGUUGUCUAAUUGCAGGGGCGCUCCUGUAAUCCCAGUGGUGGGAUGCGUAUCUGACUGCUCCUGCUCGGAUGUAGUUUUCAAUGUAAAGGUACUGUGUCUCUGCUGAUUUGACUGCCUGUCCUUUCUCCUAUCCUUGCUGGCCUGGAUGGAGAUUACUAAUGAUUCUGGCUUUGAAAGAUGGUUGCUUUUAUCCUCUUGCUUGACUCUAUUAAAAAACCACGUGAUGCUA